AUGGCCGCCCUUUUCAUCGCGGCAAUCACAGCCGUCGACACGACCAUCAAUCCCGAGUUGAAUGCAAAACUCAGCACCUCCACCUCCCAGCUUGACCGCCUUGCCCUGCUCCCCUCCAACAAAGACUGGCUCUUCGACUUUUCCACCCAAAAGCCAACCUACAACUUCUCCCCUGGCGGCGUAACCAACAUGAACGCCGCGACCUUUCCCGCCGCAAAAGGCCACGGUUUGACCCUGGCCGUCCUGAACCUCGGACCCUGCUCCAUGCUUCCCCCUCACUUCCACCCCCGCGGGGCGAAUUUCGUCGUCGCCAUCUCAGGCAACACGACGACCUACAUGUACGAGGAGAACGGGGCGCACGCCAUCACGGAGAUACUCACGCCCAUGAAAGCGACGAUUUUUCCUCAGGGUAGUCUGCAUAUGAUGGUCAACACCGGUUGCGAAAACGCCCAGCUCAUCUCCGCGCUGUCCAGCGACGACGCUGGGACGUCGAACUUCGGACAAAUCUUCACGAACGGAUUCCCCUCCGACCUGAUCAAUGCGGCCUGGGGGUCGAACGUCGUGAACGGCGAAUCCCAGGCGAAGAUGAAUCCUCCGGGCACGGGGGCGAAUUGGGGGACGAAGGAAUGCUUGAGUCGAUGUAAGGUCAACACUACUUCUGCUAGUGCUGGUCCUGCUGGGUACUCUACUGCUGCUGGUGGUGGUGGAAAGGGAGGAAACGGGACGAGGUCUUAA